UCAUCGGCAGAGAUCUGAGCAAACUCAUCACCUUCCUUGAUGGACGCUCCUUACCUGCAGGUGUUUGACCCAUCCCGGUUUGCACCAGGUUCUGAUCGACACAGCCGUGCUUUCCUGCCCUUCUCAGGAGGAUCCAGGAACUGCAUCGGGAAGCAGUUUGCCAUGAAUGAGAUGAAGGUGGCCGUGGCCCUGACCUUGCUUCGCUUUGAGCUGACAAUGGAUCCCUCCAGGGUCCCUGUUCCCAUUCCAAAAGUUGUGCUGAAGCCCAAGAAUGGGAUCCACUUGCAGCUCAGGAAGCUCCUAUAAUCCUUGUUGGGGACAAGGACGAGCUCUGAGGGCCCCUGCCUACCAUCCUUUCUUGCUGUCACUCUCUCCUGUCCUUGCCUCUGUGCCCACUUCCUGCUUCUAUCUGCCCACCUGCCAGCUUACCUCAUCUCCUGCCUCCUGCCCAUCAGACGUUCUGCCCUCCUCCUCUCACCUUUCUCCAGGCUCCCUAUCUGCUUAUCUCUCCAUCUGUCUCUGACCCACCUGUGUCUCUGACUGUCCACCUAAACCCUGAUCGCCUGCCCUCCUCCAGUCUGUCUACUCUCUCCCUGUCUUUCUCCCCUUCUGCCUGCCUGUCUGUCCCUGAAUUCACUUCCUUUUGCUGAUAAAACAAUUGACCACAGGCUUAGGGACUUCAAACAACACAGAGUUAUUCUCUGACAGCUCUGGAGUCAGAAGUUGGAAGUGGGUUUCCCUGGACACAGCCAAGAUGUUGGCAGGGACCCCUGUGCAGGGAUCUAGGAGAGGAUCCCUCUCUUUGCCUUUUCCCACAUCUAGAGCUGCAAUCCUUGCAUUCCUUGGCUCCUGGGCCCUCCUCCAUAUUCAAAUCCAUCAGCUUCUUCAAAUGUUCCCCUGCUUCUGUCUUCACAUCGCCUUCUCUUUCAUAAGGCCCUUUGUGAUUACACAGGCCCACUCAGAUAAAACAGGCUUGCUCUGAGUUCCGGGGAUUAGGACACCGACACCCUGGGCAGCCGUUACUGUAGCUGCUAAGUCCUGUGUGACUACCAUCGCCUUGGGCCCCCGAUCACUCCCGUGUCUUAUGGGUCUGCCCAUUUGUCACUCACCUGGCUUCCCCUCUUUCCCACUCCCUGGAUAAAUUCACAAUGUCAUAUGGA